AUGUUGCGUAUUCUGCAGAUGAAUUUGGAAAGGGCCAGAGCGGCCCACGACGUGGCAUGGAAGGAUGCAAUAGGGAACAAUGUAGAUAUUCUCGCGAUAUCGGAACCGAACAGAAAGAUAUGUCAACAGGAAGGAUGGCAUAUGGAUAAGAGAGGAGAUGUAGCAGUGAGAAUAUGUAACAGACAGGUGGAAGUGAAUAAAAUUGUGACGGGAAGUAGCUACAUUCAGGUAUCGUUGGAGGGAAUAGAAUUGUUCGUGGUAUACAUAUCCCCGAACAUAACGGUGCAGAAAUUCAAGGAGAUAGUAGACAAAGUUAUGGAUAAAGCAUCGCGAAACCCAAAGAAGUCCAUGGUUACCGGGGAUCUCAAUUCAAAAUCCCAAAUAUGGGGUUCACCGACCACGGACGAAAGAGGCCAAUACCUAGAAGAGUGGAUGGCACAAAUGGCGUGGGGAACAGCAAACAGUGGGGAACACACCUUCGAAAGAGGAAAUCCCAAGAGCCAUAUUGACGUGGCAAUUGCGGCAGAGGAGGUGCUGAGAAAGAUGAAGAAGUGGCAGAUACACUUCGAUAAUCCAUUUACAUAUCAUGGGACCAUUUCGAUGGAAAUAAAGGUGGGAGGUAGAACGAGACAAGAUGCGGCCAAUAAAGUUUUCCUGGAAAAGGAGAAAUUCGCCACAGCCUUAAAAAACAUCGAUUGGGAGAAAGGAGGAGAUGUAUACGAGAAAAUCCUCAAGGCGUAUAACACGUCUUUGAGCGCAGAGAGAGGCUCAACAUCCAAAAAGCCAUUCUGGUGGAACGAGGUCAUAGCGGAGAGCAGAAAUAAGUAUAAGAAUCUAAGAAGAGUAUACACUAGGGCAAACAGAGCGGGAAGAGGCGAGAAAAGAGAAGUGGCGGAGCAGAUGAGGAGCGAGAGGGACAAGAUGAAGAGGGAAAUAAGAAGAUCAAAAAGACAGCAUUGCAAAAGCCUACUCGAAGAGUUAGAAGCGGAUAUAUGGGGAGAAGGGUACCGGAUAGUGACGAGGCACCUGCAAAGUGGAGCCCUAUCAUACAAAUUGCCGACCAAAAGGAGAAGGGAAAUAAUAAAAAAACUUUUCUCAAACACCAAUGAAGGAUUCAGGAAAACGCAUGCAAUAUGCGAAGUGCCCUCAGUUUUUUCUAAUCAGGAGCUGAAAAUCGCUAUAAACGCGAUGAAAAACGGAAAGGCACCAGGUCCAGAUGGCCUAACGACGGAGGUGCUAAAGAUGGCGCACGAAAUAGCUCCAGUGAAAAUGCUGGAAAUGUUCAAUGAGCUACUCCGAAAACAGGAAUUCCCGAAGAGAUGA